GAUUCGAGGAGCUAGGACCGCGUAUAUGAAGUAGCCCCGUUGUUCGUUCGGUGACUUGUAACGACUUCCAGAAGGAAAACAAAAUUUCGAAACCUCCUAAAAUCAUAUCAGAGAGCUGAGAGAAAGAGAAACAGAGAGAGAAGAAUGGCAGAGGAGGAGGAGGUGACAGCAGCAGUGGAACGCACACUUGAAAUAACACCAACGUGGGCUGUGGCAACUGUGUGCUUCUUCUUGAUACUAAUCUCCAUUCUUAUUGAGCAAUUGCUCCAUCUUAUCGGCAAGUACUUUACCAAGAAAAGGAGGAAACCCCUCAUUCAGGCUCUUGACAAGAUAAAGUCAGAGUUGAUGCUUUUGGGAUUCCUAUCACUGUUGCUGAAUGUAAGCGAAAGGCCCAUAGCAAGAACUUGUAUUCCCAAGAGUGUCAGUGAAACUUUUCUUCCUUGCAAGAAUCUGACUGCAAGUGAUGCCGUCGAAGAAACAAAAUGUUCAGAACAGGGAAAGGUCUCGUUGUUGUCAAGGGGAGGCGUUCAGGAAUUGCAAUACUUAAUCUUUAUGCUGGCCGUCUUCCAUAUAUUCUCCUGCAUCCUUACGUUCAGUCUUGGAAUGGCCAAGAUGAAUAGGUGGGAGUCUUGGGAGGCAGAGACCAGAUCAUUCGAAUAUCAAUUUUCAAAUGAUCCACGAAGAUUUCAGCUCACCCAUCAAACAUCAUUCGGAAAACGGCAUCUGAAGUUUUGGAGUGACCACCGAUUUCUUCGUUGGCCGGCCUGUUUUCUUCGGCAAUUCUAUAUUUCUGUUUACAAAGUAGAUUAUUUCAUUCUCAGACAUGGAUUCAUUACGGCCCACUUUGCAGAAGGAAGUAACUUUGAUUUUCAGAAGUAUAUAAGAAGAGCUUUGGAAAAAGAUUUUGGGGUGGUUGUGGGAAUAAGUUGGUGGAUUUGGAUAUUUACUGUAUUCUUCCUAUUCUUCAAUGCACAUGUCUUUCACAGUUAUCUAUGGCUUCCCUUCUUUCCAUUAGUGAUGCUGUUGCUUGUGGGAACGAAGUUACAGGGCAUUAUAACUAAGAUGUGCUUAGAUAGCCAUGAGAAAUCUCAAGUUGUUAGAGGAACUGUGCUUGUGAGACCCAGCGACCACUUUUUCUGGUUUGGCUGCCCCAAAUUGCUUCUCCACCUUAUCCACUUCAUUUUGUUUCAGAAUUCCUUUCAAAUAGCAUUCUUUUCAUGGACUUGGUACAAAUUUGGUUUUAGGUCAUGCUUCCAUCAAGAAAAUGAGGAUAUUGUCAUAAGGCUUGCCAUGGGUCUAGUUGUCCAAGUCCUUUGUGGCUAUGUCACACUCCCUCUCUAUGCUUUGGUCACACAGAUGGGUACGUCAAUGAGGAGCGAUGUUUUCACCGAGGAUGUGGUUCGUGGUCUGAAAAGAUGGCGGAUUAAAGCCAAGAAAAAAGUUGCUUUGAGGAACACAAAUUACUCGGCAAGCCCCUCACAGCUGGACGCCUCCCAUGAACCUUCUUUCAGUACUCUUGAAGGAACAGUCGUCUCAGUAGAAUCUGGUCGCCCAUCAGAUGUUGAUCAAUACGUGGCAGUUGGAGUAGAGGAUGAAGAAAAUGUAAGAGGAAGAUCACAACCAGAGGAGAAGCAAAAGAUGGGCUCGUUUCAUGGUUUUGACUUGAGCAAUACUUCGUGAUAUUCAAACCGAGGAAAAUAGGCUGUACAGUUAUUACAAUUCACAGCUAGGUAGCUGUUUUAGUGUUUUAUGAUAUAUAUAUAAUAGGGAGAAGACGAUGCCGUUUUGGAUGCUUCUUAAGUCCGACUGACACAUUUUUGUGCCUUGUCUUCACCUUGUAAUAUAUAUAUAUGUAUAUAUAUUUUUUCUAUUUUUCUAUGAAUAGAUUUCUACUAAUUUAUGUCAUUGAUUUAUAUUGUUAGUAA